GGCAGAAGAGAGAUCUCUAUGGGGGCCUUGAUGUCCCUCAAAUCACAGCUUUCUUAGCUUUUCCUCACCUCUCCCAGGGUUCUGCCUCCAUCAUGAUCAUGGAAUAAGCAGAGGUAAGGGAACAUUAUGGCCAGGAAGAUGUUACAUGUAACUAAGGGCAUACUCUACUGUCAAAGCCAUGUGGACUUGCCAGGUGAAGCCACACAGCAGGGGCCCCAGCAAAAUCCCUAAAGAUGGUACAAAGCCCUACUUGCAUUUUUAAGGUUGAAGUCAGUCUACACACAAAUUUGGAAAUGAGAGGGAAUCAUCUAUUUUUAAAGGGGUGGGCUAAAAAAAAUUAUAAUACAAGUGGUUUUAUAUCACAGAGAAAAAUAAACUUUAAAAGUUUAGGUCACAGUGACUGUAAUGGGGUAUGUGGAGGGGACUUGGUGAUGGGGUGAGUCUAGUAAACAUAAUGUUCCUCAUGUAAUUGUAGAUUAAUGAUACCAAAAACAAAAAAGUUAGAUCAGUUUCUCAUCAACUGUAUCAACUAUGUCUUGAAUUUAUCAGAGAUUUUCUGCACUUAAAACAGACAAAGCAUCAUGCUGAAGUGGGCAGGGAAGGCCCGACCUUAUACUGAAAACCCAGAUGGAGGCUGGGGAUGGAUGAUUGUACUUCACUUCUUUCUGGUAAAUGUGUUUGUGAUGGGGAUGACCAAGACUUUUGCAAUUUUCUUCGUGGUUUUUCAAGAAGAAUUUAAAGGCACCUCAGAGCAAAUUGGUUGGAUUGGAUCUAUUAUGUCAUCACUUCGUUUUUUUGCAGGUCCUCUGGUUGCCAUUAUUUGUGACUUACUUGGUGAAAAAAUGGCCUCCAUUCUUGGAGCUUUCCUUGUUACUGGUGGAUACCUGAUCAGCAGCUGGGCUACAAGCAUUCCCUUUCUUUGUGUGACUAUGGGAUUUUUACCUGGCUUGGGUUCUGCUUUACUGUACCAAUCAGCUGCUGUGAUGACUACCAAAUACUUCAAAAAACGAUUAGCUCUUUCUACAGCUAUUGCCCGUUCUGGGAUGGGGCUGACAUUUCUGUUAGCACCUUUUACAAAAGUCCUGAUAGACCUCUAUGACUGGACAGGUGCCUUUAUAUUAUGUGGAGCCAUCACAUUGAAUUUGGUGCCCUCCAGUAUGCUCUUAAGACCCAUCCAUAUCAAAAGCAAGAGCAAUUUGGGUAUUAAAGAUAAAGGCAGCAGCUUGUCUGCAGGUGGUCCAGAGGCAGUGUGUGUCACAGAAACAUCACACUACAAUGAGAUACAAGAGUCCACCGUCAGGGACACUGUUAUGCAGAAGGCUGGACAACCCGGUACAAGUUUAGCAGUCUCACAAAAUCAAAACGAAGAGUUCAACAAUGGGCCUAACAGGAACAGACUGUUCCUAGUAACUGAUGAAGAAAGUCACAAGAAAAAGGCAAUUUCGUGGAGCUGUAAACAAGAACUCUUUGAUAUUUCUCUUUUUAAGAACCCCUUCUUCUACAUAUUUACCUGGUCUUUUCUCCUUAGUCAGUUGGCCUAUUUCAUCCCCACAUUUCACUUGGUAGCCAGAGCCAAAACACUGGGGAUUGACAUGAUGGAUGCCUCGUACCUCAUUUCUGUAGCUGGUAUCAUUGAGACAGCCAGUCAGAUUAUCUGUGGAUGGGUUGCUGAUCAAAACUGGAUCAAGAAGUAUCAUUACCACAAGUCUUACCUCAUCCUCUGCGGCCUCACUAACCUGCUUGCUCCUUUAGCCACCACAUUUCCACUACUCAUGACCUACAUCAUCUUCUUUGCCAUGUUCUCUGGUGGUUAUUUGGCAAUGAUACUUCCUGUACUGGUUGAUCUGUCUGAGAAUUCUAGCAUACACAGGUUUUUGGGACUUGCUAGUUUCUUUGCUGGGAUGGCUGUCCUUUCUGGACCACCUAUAGCAGCUGACCCAGUGACAGAACUUUUCAAGCCUAUCAGGUCAAAAGAAUACAAAGGUAACAAACACCAGGGCAAAGAAUAUUUUAUGCAAAUUAUAAAACUAAUAAAACUACAUGUUUAGAGAUUCUGUUUUAUAUGUUUUUAUAUACAUCUUGAAAUGUUUAAAAAGUUCAGUAAAGAUUAGACAAGGCAAGUUUUGUGAGGACUAUCACUUGAAAGGAAACGUUACAGAUGGGUAUGUGGGUCUUGAAACCACUUCUUGAAUCAUGAUCUUACUUUUUUUAAUGAAAAAGAAUAGACUACAACAAAGCAGAUUAGAAAACAGUGUGCAUCACUUUAUUGUGAAAUUUUUACUUUAUACACACACCUAUGUUAUAUAAAAUAUAUGUGAUGUAAAAAUACAUUUCUUACUGUCAAUGAGUCAAGAAAAUUUACAAGGCUUUUAUGAAUCAAUGUUCACAAUACCCUAGCAUUAUAUGUGAGGAUAAAGACAGCUCAUUAAAGAAAUUUUACCCACUAGUUCUGAGAAU